GAUCAUAGUCGACGAGACGAUGUAAAUUGUAAUAGUGAUUCCCGAUUCUUGGUUCCAAAAUCACAAUACGUCUUAUUUUGUCUUAGGCAAAAAGUAUUGAAGAAAUAAAAAAAAAUCAACGGUAAGAUGAUAAUUGAAACACGAAUUUUGGAAAAAGCCACCAGACUAGCAAAACGAUGUCGACUUCCCGGCACAUAUCACAAUGUCAUCAGAACAUGGCCGGAUGAAAGUUGUUAUCGGUAUUUUAUUCCUGUCUAUGAGCAGCGUUUAGGACAGCUAGCGUUCCUGCUUAAUAGGUAUCAUAAUGUGCUGCUGGAACAGCCAGAUCGAUAUAACGCCGAGUUUCAGAUGCAUUUACUACUCAUUACCUACGAACACGAAUUGAUCGAAGCCCACAUGAACCAUUCUGACCUGUCUAUUGAGGUUUUCAUGUCGAAGUGUGAAAUCGAAAACAUUAUGCGUCUUCAAGGUCCAACAAAUAUAUUGCUUCGGAAGCUUACUCGAUAUCUUCUGAAAACCUUCAGAUCACCGAACUGGCAAUUCCAAUAUGGAAAUUUAUUGUGUUUACGUGAAAUUAUGCAAUAUUUUGCAUCUUAUGAUAUUCCGGGUUGUCCGAAAAAGUUAAUGAAACAGACCAUGACAUGCAUUCAUCAACUACUGCAAACGACUGACCGGCGUACGUUUUCCUUUGCUCUGUCAUUGUUGAAAAGUAGUCUUACCAAUCACACAUGCAGUUUGGUAGGUCCGAAAGCUCUUAUAAGGCUACUAGACGAUUUAACGAAUGCCCCUGUUGAACUGCGACAUAACAAUCCAUUUAGUUUUCUGUCAGCGCUGGAUAAAUGUGUUGCAAGUUUAAAUAAAUCCAGCAUUCUGAAAUCAUCACAGAGAAACCGAUGUGAUAGAAUAAUGGAAAUCGUUAUGAGUGAUAUUACUAACGUUACGGGCAUUGAGCAUGCAGAGCAUCUCUUGAUGGUUCUGUUACGGCUGCUCUAUUCUGAUUACGAAGAGUUUGCAUUUGGAACGUACAUUUGCAGAGGGAAACAUCGUACGAACAAGGAAUUCAUGGAGGUGGCGAGCCAUGGAGCACCUCGUUUCGCUAAAUCAACUAUAAAGCUGAUGGAAUUGCUUACGAAAUUGUCACUGAAGUAUGGACAAUGUUCUUAUUUCAUCAAAUUAAUAUCACUUGCUCUACUGGUCAUGACUAGACUACCGCACGCACCGACUGAGGCAAUGAUGUACACAUCUUUCAUUUCUGUUAUUGAAUACUACGAUCAGUUUACUACUGAUUUGACCGAAUAUUACAAUAAUUGGAAACUUCCUGAAACUGUCAGCUGUGCCGAACUGUACUUAAAAGCAGUUGAUGCAUUAGUGUUUAUGUUGAGCUGCUUGUGCUACAAUCUAACUGCCUUCUGCAAUCGAUACUUGCCUCAACUUUCUGUGAGUUAUUUGUCAACGUCAAUUUUGAAUGUGAAUCGUUAUAUAUUCAAAAUUACUGAACUAAUUCAGACCAUUCGAAAAAGGCAACAACACUUUGAAGGUUUCGUACGCCAACACGGUAAUGAUCGAUUGAAUGGUCCCAUCAAAAUGGAAAUCACAAAUUAAAUUCGUUAUUCGUUAUUUUUUGUUCGUACAUUUUGAUACUAUCUUUCCAUGUACA